AUGUCAUUACCCUCACAGCCCACACGCGUCGAGAUCUACCCCACCUCGACCUGCGCCUCCUGUAUGGUAUCUCAAAGGUCGCUCCAGGAGCCGCUCAAACUCAAGCGGUGCAGCAAGUGCAAAUUUACGUUAUACUGCUCGCGGGCGUGUCUCAACUCCAAUCGGUCGUCCCAUCAGGCGGUAUGCGACGCCAUCUGCGCCGGGACGAGACCAGUCAUUGUCUCGCGUCAUGCCAUUUCUGCUCGGGCCGUCUCGGACACCGAGUCCAUACCGCAGGCGUCCGGUACCAGAGCGCUCGCCCCAAUGGCGAUCCUUCUUCCAGAUCCAAGGGUCCAGAAGGCGGAUGCUCGAGCUGGCCCAGCCGCCCGGGCAGGAUCCAGCAAGCCUGCUGCGGCCAGUCCGGUAUACGCUGUCUCUCCUCGGCUCGGCUCCGUCUCAGCGGACAGCACGCCUGCUGCCGCAUCGGACAUGGUGGGCACCGACCCGCUUGGUCCGCCUUCUCCGCCUACGCGCCCAAUCACACCAAAGGGGAUGUCUGGCGAGGAUGACCCGCAGACCAAUCUGUCCUCAUCCUCACAGAAGUCAUCUUUCGCCACCACGGCGUCGGGUCAAAAGUCCAGUCAAGGGCCCACCUCUUUGGCUCGGAGUCGUCCAGCCGGCCCAAGAGCGCGCAUUCCGGCGGCUACCCCAGAAAACUCCCUGACCUCGCUGAAGCUGAAGCCAGGGAUCAGCUCCAGUCCCACACCUCUCCAAACGGAUGGUGGCGCGAUGGGUGGCGCGUUGCGUACCGCCGGUCCCGCCGACGUAGCGGUCUCUCGCGCCACCUCCUUGCCCGACCUCUCCCUUCCUCCUCAUGCGCGCAAAUCAGGCAUUCCUCUCUUUCCCAUGGGCAAAGCUCAACUCUCGGCGCUCUCCAUAUCUGAGGCUAUCGAGCAGCUCAUCGAUGCGUUCAAGCUCCGGUGCGACGACAAAUGCCUCUUCGACCGCCGACCCCCGGACCUAUACAGCGGAGCCCAUCGCACGCCUCUCUUCCGCGCCUAUCUGGAUCUUGCAGAAGAGAGCGGAGUCUUACCGGACUGGUGGAAUCGGGAGCAUAGGGAGAUAGCGGAGGGUUUCGUCCGCGCCAAGGGGUCGGCCCCACAUCUGUGGGAGGCGGUGUCAGAGCUGGACCUCAAGAUAAAAUGGAGAGACUGGUGGAUACCGGAGAAGCUGAGUGCACUGGCAGAGGGGAUAUACGGGCCGGCGGUGAGAAAGGUCAUUGGGGAGGAUGCGGAUCGGAAGGUCGAACCGUCUACGGCGGCAAAAGGCCCCACCUCUGCCAUAGCGUCGCCCGCUCGGAAAGCUCCCCCUAUCUCAGCCAAACCGCAAACCACAACAAUGCCCCCAUCCUUGACCCAUAAACAACCUCUCACUUCUGCAGCUGGCAACAAGAGCACUUCGGCCCCUACUCAUACGGCAAGAACGGCCGGCACUCGACCUGCCCCGGCCCAAGCCGGAUCCAGCAAGCCUGCUCCGGCCGGUCCGGCAUACGCCAUCUCUCUUCGGAUCGGCCCAGCCCCGGCCAGACCCCCUCCUGCUCCCGCCGCAAACGCGGAAAGGACAGAUGCUUCUGCGCGCGCUCUCGCUACAGAUAUUCUCAUUCGGGGGAGUAAAUCGGAUCCACCCCCAUCAGCUUUCACCGCUGCCCUCCUGCGGGAUAUCAUCGAUGCACUAGGUAUCAGCGACCCAUCCAAAAUUAUCGCCGCCCACGCCGCCUCGGAAGCUCCCAUCCCCUCAUCAUCAUCCACACCCUCGGCACCAGUUCUCCAAUCCCCCACUCGUAAUGCCUAUCUUUCCUCCCUCCCGAUCCCAGCGGCAAUGCAGCACCUCAUCGACGCUUUCCGCCUACGGUGCGAUGAUGACUGCACAACGCCGCCGCACAAGCUCAGAGGCAUCUACUUUGGGGAGGAGCCGCUACCUCUCUUCCGCACGUUCCUCGAUUCCGCCGAGUCGAAGGAAUUGCUGCCGGUGUGGUGGAACAAAGGUGUGCGCGAGAAGGUGGAGAUACAGGCGGAUAAGGGGGAACAUGAUCUGUCAAUCCAUGCCUAUGUGACGGAUGAGGAGAUUGCGGCGAGGUUUGGGAGCAGCGCCGUCCACCUACGCGAGCUGGCGGCGAAGGUGUAUGAGGGAAUUACGCUCUCAUACGGAACCCCGGCGAUGGCUCUCGCGGCUGCGUACGGUCGGGGCCCUCCCGCUGAGUCCGAGUCGGAUGCGCCAGAGGACGAUUGGCCGGAGGCUGACGGUCACGCCCGCCGUCUGGCCGAUACCUUCGCAACCCUCGGGGCGCUCGGCCGAGAAUCGACCGUCCAAUACAUCAUGGAGCAGCUCCGCCUCGAAUCGGACUACAAUUACACCGUCACCCCUUAUAUCCGGCACAGCAUCACGCAUCCCUGGUCCAUCCCGUUCUUCCUCCUAGAUCCACACGGCCCGCCGGCAGCAUACCUCUCAUCCCUCAGCCAAGGUGAGGCUAUGCGGCAGCUCAUCGAUACCUUCCGCUUGCGGAUGGAGGAUGAGUACGUCUUCAACCUCGAAAAUCUCGGUAUUUACGGGGAUGAGGAUCCCGCCCCGCUCUUCACGGUGUUCCUUGAUAAGGCGGAGAAGAGCGGUGUUCUGCCAGCCUGGUGGAGCGGCAAGAAGAGGAAGGAGGUCAAGCGGAUGAGUCAGGAUAGGGAGGGCGGGUGGUGUAUACACAACUCGGUGGUGCGGGAAUCUAUCAUCCAGGCGUACGAUGGGGAUGUGGUCAUGCCCCUCAAGCUGAGGGGUCUGGGGGAGAAGAUAUAUGGGGAGGCUGUACCAUCGGGUCUCGAAACUCGACCAUUACGCUCCUCCCGUCCAUCUGGCUCGUCCCUUUUCCCAAUCCCCUCCACUGGCUGUACACCUCGGUCAGCCUCGCUACUCGUCAAGGUAGCCGGACUCAAGCCGGCGAAUGCAUCACCGACAGAUGCCUGCUGCGCCUGCGUCAAGGCGCAAAAGGAUCUCAGCGUCCCGCUCAAAAAGUGCGCUGGGUGUAAGUACACCCUGUAUUGCUCGAAGAAGUGCCAGGACGCGGAUAGGCAAAGGCAUAAGCAGGAGUGUCAGGCCAUACGGUCUGGAGCAAUCAAGCCGUUAUGUGCGGCGGAAGGAACGCCGUUCGUCCAGGUCGAGGACGAGGACCACAACGCCCGCCUGAUUCCUAAAAUCAACAAACUCCUGCACGCCGGCCGGCGGGCUGAGGUGAUGGAUAUUUGGGCACAACUCCGCAAAGAGGAAGAGUACAACGAGCUCUCCAUGGCCUUCAUCCAGAAGAAUCCCCUCCAUCCCCAAGCCAUGCCAAUGGUCCUCUUCGACCCCCUCGGUUCGCCCUCGGCAUACCUAUCGUCUCUAUCGGAACGGGCGGCUUAUCGGCAAAUCAUCGACACAUUCCGCUUCCGGAUGGAAGAAGAGCAUCUCUUCAAUCUCGACGAUAUGGGGAUCUACGCACAGGAGGAUCCUGUGCCGCUGUUCAAGGAUUUUUUGGAUAGAGGGGAGAACAGAGGGGCGUUUCCGGCGUGGUGGAACUCAGAGAAGCGGAAGCAGGUCGUGCGGAUGAGCUUGGACAAGGAGGGCGGCAAGUCUAUCAAUGACAAGUUGGCUCGGCUACAGGUCAUCGAGGAUUACGGCGGCGAUAAGAUCAUGCCACUCAACCUGAGAGCGCUUUCGGAGAAGGUGUAUGGGGAAUUCGUGAGGGCGGAGUAG